GGUCGUGUUGAUUCCAGGAGUCAUCAUGGCGCUCACCAGCCCAGUCAAAGAGCACCCGUACGCCCAUCUAACCGACACACUGACAGACAGCGGGAUCAAGUUCUUCAAUCCACAUAAAUUAAAGGAUCCCAGAUACGACAAGCUGCCUCUAUCCAUCCGCAUUUUACUGGAGGCGGCGAUUCGCAACUGUGACGGCUUUUACACAAAAGAAGAUGACGUACAGAACAUUUUGGACUGGCAGCAGCAGCAGAAUAAAGCUGAGGUGCCGUUCUCUCCGGCGCGAGUCCUUCUGCAGGACUUCACUGGUAUUCCUGCCAUGGUGGACCUGGCGGCCAUGAGGGACGCUGUGGCCAAACAUGGCGUGGAUCCCGGUCUGGUCAACCCCAAGUGCCCCACGGACCUCAUAGUAGAUCACUCUUUACAGAUCGACUAUAACAAAUGUGCCAUACAGAAUGCCCCCAACCCCGGUGGAGGCAACGGUCCCAGCCAGAGCCAGAGCCAGGCUGCGUCUCGCCCGGCCCCCGGCAGGCCCCCGGUCAGGGGGGGCUCCCAGUGUGGCGGCCAGCGCGGCUCCUGCAGCAAAGCUGCCUGCAGUGAUCCUCCGGCCUCCCCGGGCCGAGGCCCGGCGGCCGUCCAGCAGAUUGAGAAUACGCCUCUCCUCUGCCCCUUCCACCUGAAGCCCGUCUCUGACACUGAAACAGCCUUCAAGAACCAGGAAAUGGAAUUGAUUAGAAACAAAGAGCGACUUCAGUUCUUUAAGUGGUGUUCGAAAGCAUUUAAGAAUGUGAACGUGGUUCCUCCGGACGUGGGUGCCGUCCACCAGGUGAACCUGGAGUACCUGUCCAGGGUGGUCCAGGUCAGCGGGGGGUUGAUCUACCCGGACAGCGUGGUGGGAACAGACUCCCACACCACCAUGAUCAACGGCCUGGGGAUCCUGGGAUGGGGCGUUGGGGGGAUCGAGUCGGAGGCCGUGAUGCUGGGCCAGCCCGUGUCUCUGACCCUUCCUGAGGUGGUGGGCUGUAAACUGGUGGGCUCCAUUAACCCCCUCACCACAUCCAUAGACAUAGUCCUCGGCAUCACAAAGCACUUGAGGCAAGCUGGAAUCGCUGGAAGGUUUGUUGAGUUUUUUGGACCUGGCGUCUCCCAGCUGUCAGCUCCCGACCGAACCACCAUCGCCAACAUGUCUCCGGAGUACAACGCUACCGUCAGCUUCUUCCCCAUCGACCAAGUCACGCUCAAGCACUUUAAAAAGACGAACUUUACCCAGGAUAAACUUGAAUUGUUGGAGUCUUACAUGAAGGCUGUCAAACUUUUCCGAAGCUACGAGGAGCUGGAGGAAGACCCCCAGUACUCCGAGGUGAUUGAGAUCAACCUGAGCUCCAUGGUGCCCUACGUGAGCGGGCCCAAGCGGCCUCAGGACAGAGUUGCAGUCAGCAACAUGAAAGAAGAUUUCCAGAGUUGUCUUGACGAGAAGGUGGGUUUUAAAGGCUUCCACAUCUCGAAGGAGAAGCAGGAGACUCGUAUUCCUUUCCUGCACUGCGGUCAGGAGUACCAGCUGGCCCACGGCUCGGUGGUCAUCGCUGCCGUCAUCAGCUGCACCAACAACUGCAACCCGUCUGUCAUGCUGACUGCAGGUCUCCUGGCCAAGAAGGCCGUGAAGGCCGGGCUCGUGGUCAAGCCUUACAUUCAGACCAGCCUGGCCCCGGGGAGCGGCAUGGUCACCCACUACCUCAGCACCAGCGGAGUCCUGCCUUACUUCAGCCAGCUGGGGUUUGAGGUGAUCGGUUAUGGUUGUGCCACCUGCGUUGGCAACACGGCGCCGCUGCCAGAAGCCGUCGUUGAUGCGAUCAAACAGGGCAACCUGGUGUCCUGCGGCGUGUUGUCCGGUAACAGGCACUUCGAGGGCCGCCUGUGUGACUGCGUGCGUGCCAACUACCUGGCCUCGCCGCCGCUGGUGGUGGCGUACGCCAUCGCAGGCACCGUGGGAAUCGACUUCGAGAAGGAGCCUUUAGGUUUGACCUCCGAGGGCGCGGAGGUUUAUCUCCGUGAUAUCUGGCCGUCCAGAGAGGAGGUCCAGCAGAUAGAGGAGGACACGGUCAUCUCCUCCGUCUUUAAGGAUCUCAGGGGAAGGAUGGAGAAAGGGAACACGUUUUGGAAGAACAUUGAAAGUCCAGACUCUGUAGUUUUUCCGUGGGAUCACAAGUCCACGUACAUCCGUUCGCCGCCUUUCUUCAGCAAGUUGAGUGAAGAGGUGCCUGCUCCCCAGUCCAUAGACGGCGCUCAUGCCUUACUCUUCCUGGGCGACAAAGUCACCACGGACCACAUUUCUCCAGCAGGCAGCAUCGCCAGGGUCAGCGCCGCCGCCAGAUACCUGCAGAGCAAACGACUGACGCCGCGGGAGUUUAACUCGUACGGCGCGCGCAGAGGCAACGACGCGGUGAUGACCAGAGGAACCUUCGCCAGCAUCAAGCUUCACAACAGAUUCAUCGGCAAACCGGGCCCCAAGACUCUGCACAUUCCUUCAGGCCAGGCCCUGGACGUGUUUGAGGCAGCCGACCGCUACCAGCGAGACGGCGUCCCCCUCAUCAUCCUGGCGGGCAAAGACUACGGCUUUGGAAACUCCAGGGACUGGGUGGCCAAAGGGCCGUACCUGCUGGGGGUGCGCGCCGUCAUCGCCGAGAGCUUCGAGAAGCUGCACAAGAACCAGCUGGUGGGGAUGGGCAUCCUGCCGCUCCAGUUCCUGCCGGGCCAAAGCGCCAACUCGCUGGAGCUCAGCGGGAAGGAAAGGUUCAGCAUCGUCCUGCCCGAGAGCCUGAGCCCGAGGGAGCAGCUCACCGUCAAGACCAGCAAAGGAACGUCGUUCCUCGUCACGGCGCUGUUGGACACCGAAGUGGACGUGAUCUAUUUCCGACACGGAGGGCUCCUUCGGUACGUCUCUCGGACUUUGCUGGGAAGCAGCACGAAGCCCGGACCCCGACCCGCCCAAUCUGCUCCGUGUCCAUGAGCGGCGUCCAGCUUCACCUUCUUCCCUCGGCGUCCGUGGAGAAGACGCGCCAAGGCGACGCAGAGACUAAUGUUGUGUCCGUCUGAGCUGGAUCCGAGUCCACAGACCUUUUGGAACUUCAGUUUUAAGACCUCUACACGAGCUGCUUUUACGUUUCUACACCUGGGAGGGGGCGGGAGGGGGUUGGGCUUCGGGAAACAGCAGCGUUUCUCCUCACGAGUGCACGAGUGCGGCCGUGAGAAGAAGCGGUGGCGUUGGCUGGGACUGGAGACGUGUUCUGGAUGAAGUCUUUCACGUCUCCGUGCCGGAGUGCGGAGAGGAAUCCUCCAGCGCCGUAAAUCCCUCCUCGGUCUCGGCUAAAACUGCUGGGAUGGCGGCAGGUACAAGAUACAAGAGCAUGAAUCCCCCACCGAUCUCUGCCGUAUAUCCCCCGUAGGAUUUAAACAGUCUUUUCUAAAUUAAAUUCUGGACAUUUCUUCAAUUGGACCGUUUAC